CAAUCAGAUGGCCGCCAGAGCACUGUCCGUCGCUCGGCGCGGACUCCAACGCCACCACAGCAUCUACCAGAGGACAUCAGCGCGUCUGCUUCGUCGCUUCAGCUCGGCAAGGGAAGCUGCCAGAUCACCCGAGGAGGCAUCCUCCGACUCAUCGAAUUCAGCCGACGUGAGCUGGGACGUGACGGGCAACCUGAAGCACAAGCUGCACGGCUCUCGGCCGCUGGUCAUGGUCAUUCACCCGGUGCUAAAGGGCAAGCGGAAGAGGGAGAUCCUGUGGGACGCUGAGGAGGCGCUGGGGCUGGUCAGGGCAGCGCAUUGGGACCCGCUGCCUGGACCUACUGAACCUGCAAGUGCGUGAAAUGUAGGGGUGGCAAGGCAAGGCAAGAUGACGGUGGCUGCAUAGCCUGUGUGUGUGUGUGUGUGUGCAGAUGGGUGGAAUCAGAAUGAGCUUGCCAAAGUGGGUCACCUGCAACGGCUCGUGCAGGAGGGCAACCUCACGCUGCCCAAGGAAUGGCACUUCCAUCGGUCAGUCAGGCACCAAGACACGCGCAGGACUGCCCCAUCAGCCAGGUCCUUUCUCUUCCCAUCAGGACGAUGCGUGACGAUGACGAGAACACCGAUGAGGAGAGCGGCGACGAAGAUCUCGACCCCAAUGAGGCGGCGUGGCGCAACUCCACACUGAGGCGGCAGUGGGCCGAGUCGUGCUGUGUCAGAGUGCGGCAGGUCCACCCCGGCAACUUCUUCCAAAAAGGCAAAGUAAGGAGGAAAGACACACACACAGAUACACACCGACGAUCCGCGCACUUGUCCUUUCCUCUGCUUGCAGCUGGAGGAGCUCGCCAUGAUCUACACGUACCAGCCGGCCCAUUACGUCUUCGUCAACUCGUCCCUCACCGGCACGCAGCAGCGCAACCUCGAGCUCAUCUUCAAGAACGCCCUCAACGUGUGGGCGGCCCGCAAGAUGGAGCGCAAGGAGCUGCCCAUCGCCGGCCUCGUCCACUCCGCCACCAGCAUCGCCGCCAACACCACAGAGCUCGACAUUCUCGCACAGGACCGGCUGAAGCUGCAGGCCGACAGCGGCAAGGCACUCGUCGGCACAGAGGGGCAGGCGGACGCCCUUGCGCAGAUCGGUGCGGACCAUCUGGGCGAGGCGGUGGCGCCGGUGGAUGAGACUGAGGAAGAGAUUGACGAGAGGAGGGGGGCGGCGACGAGGGUGGAGGUGGUGGACCGCAACAGAGUGGUGCUGGAGAUAUUCGCUCUGAGAGCGAGAACCAGACAGGCCAUACUGCAGGUAGGUCGGUCAGACGCAGACGCACGCCCACCUAGAUGCUAUGUGGCGGCACAUUGCUGUCUGGGUGUGUGUUGUGUGUUGUGUGUUGCUGUGUGUCGUGUAGGUUGCUCUCGCUCGUACCAACUACUUCAAGUCUCGCCUUUCCCUCAACACGCCCAACCGGUUCAAGCAGCUGCUCAUGUCCGUCAAGGCAGCUGCAGGUGUCCAAAGCACCGUAAGCACCAGAGACACACAUACAGACAGACAGACAGACAGACAGAAGCACCAACACAACAAGCCACACGCACAAGUGGCAAGGAGUGUAUCUCUGUUUAUGUGUGCAGUAUGCCGAUUGGGUGGAGGACGUAAGCACGACCUACCACCUGGGAGACGGCGAGCAGAUCGGCGAGUACGAGGGGCGCCUGCUAGAGAUAGCCAUGACCAAGCUGCGUGCACAGCUGGAGGAGGUCAAGAAGGCCAGGAAGCUGCAGAGAGAGGCCAGGAGGGGGGCGGGGACGGUGGCUUUGGUUGGCUACACCAACGUAGGCAAGACGGCCAUCAUGAACCGGCUGACGGGCAGCGACCUGCGUGUGCGGGACGUGCUCUUCCAAACACUCGACACAACCAUGCGGAAGGUCCGCCUGCCCUCGGGCACUAAGGCCAUUCUGGUAGGCGGGCUCAGCAAAACACGUGACGUGUCUGCUGGAGGCGAGGCGAGGCGUGUGUGUGUAGGUUGAUUCGGUUGGGUUCAUCCAAGACCUGCCUCACGCCCUGUAUGACGCGUUCCAGGCCACUUUGGAGGAGACGAUCAACGCCGACGUGCUGCUGCACGUGAGGGACGUUUCGCACCCCCAGUGGGAGAUGCACAAGCAGGUGGUCCUCGACUCUCUGCACGACUGCGGCAUGUCGCUCGAACGCCUCAGCUCCAAUGUGGUUGAGGUCUGGAACAAAGUCGACCUCCUCGACGAGGUGAGGAGAGACACAUGUAUUCGGGAGGUCUCUCUGUAUGCGUGUGUGUGUGGUGUGUGGUAGGAGGGGUUUCGGUCGAUGCUGUCAGAGCUGCCCCCCAACGCCGUGCCCGUGUCAGCCAUGGACGCAUCGGGCCUCGACGUCCUUCUCAAGGUGAUUAUAUGACCACGGCGGGACAGAACGACACCACCCCACAUCAUCCACCAACGCGCUGCACUCAUUCCCUUCCUUGGCUCAUUUGUUCAGUUGCUGGACCAGGUGGUCAACUCGGUGUUGUCCCGGUCGACCAUCACACUACGGCUGCCCGUCCGUGAGGUGCAGGAAAGGAUGCGUGUGCUCAACAGGCUGGGCAUCACCAUCUCCUACGGCCGGUCGCUGGACGCCGGGAUGACGUCCGACUCUGAGGGGUGGCGGGAGACCUUCGCCAAGGAGGAUGAGGACGAAGAGGGCGGCAUCCGUGUGUCGGAGGACGGACAAAGUGUGCUGGUGGAUGUGAUUGCUGACUACCCCGCUUUGGCCAGGUAUGAGGCCUUGUACGAGAAGAGGGGAGGGGAGCCUGGGGAGGGGAGGUGAUGUGACGGCCACUAGUGUAGGUGGGGGAGGGAGACGAC